AUGGCCAAACUGGACGACUUGUUUGACAAAAAGAAAGAUGAAGCUCCUAUGUUAGACUUAUCUAAAACUGUUAUAAAUUCUGCUGAAGACUAUCGUGCCGUUUUGGAUAAAGUCCCUGAUUUUAAGACUAGACCGGAAAAGGUACGACCAGAAGAUCUCAAAAUAAAAGAUAAAAAAGAAGAUCAGAAAACUAAAACACCGAAGAAAGAAGUGCGGGCUUACGAAAAAUUAGGUACUCGUGGUUAUGAAGAAAAGCACUUUACGUUUAUGGAUCCCAUACCAGUUGAAAUGCGAGGGUUGAAAUUUGACGAGCUUUGUGUAGUCCCGAUCGAAUGGCGAAUGCUCACAUCUAUUAGACCGAAGGCAAAGUUGGAUGAAGAAUAUUUUAACAGGCUGAUAGAACUCGGAAAAUCUGAAUUAAAAACCAAAGCGAAGGACAAAAGAGAGUAUGCGAAAAAUAACAUGAUCAGAAAAACUAAAACUCGCUCUGGCGUGACGGAGAUACGCAUCGUGUCGUGCUCGGAGUGCGGGGAAGAGUACUGCAAUGGUAAAAUGUGCAACAUAACAAACUACGAUAUGUUCGCACGAUUAAAGCUGGAAGUGGAAACUAAAAGUACGCGCGUGCAAGCGCCCCCCGCGCCUACGAGCAAGCUGCGCCGCAUGCGCCGCCGCGUCAAGCGCAAGCCUCGCAGCAAGAGCGCCGCGCCUGCUUACCACAAGCCUACUGCUAAAAAAUCUGGAGCUCGGAGUGACACUGAAAUA